GGUGGCCCACCUGCUCACAUGGCCAGACUUAUUAUGGAAGCACGGCCACAAGGCGUCCUUCCUGCCUGAGAGUACAGUAUGGUGGUCAGAGUUGUCUCGCGUGCUACCACAGAAAGAGAGAUUGGAGAUGUUCGACUCCCUGGCUGCUCUUGUUGGUACCACAGCACCUCCUUCCCCUGGACCCGUUGCGUCACGGUACGAGGCCUCGUCGUCAGUGACGCUGCAGUCGUCGGAGGCGACGCAGGAGGAGGCGGAGGAGGAGGAGGAUGACGUGUGGCAUGUCGGAGAGAUACCCUGGGGUCCAUUCUCACCCCACUUCCUAAACUACCUCCUGGCUCACCUUGUUUACGCUGCCAGGUACGCUGGAGUCUUCUGGGGUACGAACAAGGGCCUCGGCUUCUGUCUUCUUCGGCCAGCUGCUGCUCAAUGUCGCCCACAACAUCUUCGCUAUGACUGGCUUCCAGGUACUGUACAAGGUACACGUUGUGGGUGCUGAACACGUGUUGCCCGUGUUCGAGGGGUUCCUGCUUCCACUGCCCGUGUGCGUGGCCGUGUUCAGCUUGUCGCAGACUCUGGUCCUCGCCUCUGGUUCCGUCCUCUACUUCUACGGUCUACUGAAGUUCAACGCCUUCCUCAACGCUGAGAAGGAGAAGUACCACAUCCUCAGCAAGCAUGGACACCAGACAGCCUGGAGUUACUGGCCUCAGUGCUGGGGACUGACGUUGCUAGUACUGAUGACAGCCACAGCCUCGCCACUGUUACAUGACUGGACUGUAGUGUACCGCGCCUCACUGGACACAUCCGUCUUCGUGGCCACUAUCGCCACUAUCAUCCAUCUCUUCAUCUGGAUUGUCUUGUGGAUGAUCCUCACCAUCAAGUCUCGGUGGCACUUCAAGCUGAGGGUUCAGAUUUCCAAGACAAUAGUGACCAGCACUCAUUCCAUCAGACUGGUCAACGAGGUGCAACUUUCCAGACAGAUCGAGGACACAGAAGGGCCAGUGAUGGUGAUCGGGGCUGGGAAGACCUACCUUCUGCAGGAGGGUAGUCCUAAGAGGUCACUGAUGAAGCUGGUCAUGCACACCGUCACACAGAAAAAGUUCAUCUGA